AUGCAAGCAAAUAUUAUCCCUUUUCUUUUGUACGCGCUGCAUCUUCGCCCCACCCGCGCACGCACACCGACGCACGGCACUUAUGAACUAUACCUGUCUCUCUUGCACCCACGCAUCUUAGGGUGUAGUACGCGUGACACGAUCUCUGUCGAACAGCCGACGCGACGGCGACCGCGAGUAACCCCUGGCCACUUCGUAUGGACUCGCACGCGCCGUCGUCGGCCGGCCGAGCGAGAUAGCGCGAGUCGUGGACAUGCGGAGGCCGCGGAGCCCUCGCGCAAAGGGACACAGGACAGACGCUCUCGGACAUCGGGCGAGAGCGGGCGGCCGGCCGUGCACCUGCCUCGCACCGUUUUGAACACGCGACGUGCUCGAUCGCGAGACGCUACUUCAAUUUAUCGUAAACACUAA